CCAUGAAUCGGAUUGUGAUAUUUAUGGUGCUUGUGGGCCUUUUGCGAUCUGUAACUCACAAAGUUCCCCAACAUGUAGCUGUUUGAAGGGGUUUGAGCCAAGGAACAAAGAGGAAUGGAAUAGACAAAAGUGGACCAGUGGAUGUGUUAGGAGCACAAGUUUGCAGUGUGAAAGGGUCAGCAACCAAAACACAAGUGCAGAUGGAUUUUUGAAACUGAAGAUGAUCAAAGUUCCGGAUCAUGCAGAUGGGACAUUUCUCAGUCUUCAACCAGACUCGUGCAGAAGCCGAUGUUUGAAGAACUGUUCUUGCAUUGCAUAUUCAUAUGAUGCUAAGAUUGGUUGUAUGUCUUGGACAGCGAAUCUAAUUGACAUACGACAAUUCACUUACGGAGGACUUGAUCUAUAUGUCCGUGUAGCCUACACAGAACUUGAUAAAGAUAGAAACAUGAUACUCAUCAUUAGUAUUACGGUGACAAUAGGAACUACCUUAAUUGUCACAUGUGCAUAUAUCAUGUGGAGAAGGCUUAAUUCGAAACACCAUGUGAGAGGAAUCUUCAAAGGAAUCCUCCAAUUUAACAGAGGAAGAGCACCUGUAGAAUGUACAAAUGACGAUGUAUUUGGAGAUCUGUCACAAGUCAAACUCCAGGAGCUAUUAAUAUUUAGUUUUGAAAAGAUUGUAACUGCCACUAACAACUUUCACCCAUCCAACAGGAUUGGACAGGGUGGUUUUGGUCCAGUAUACAAGGUAUUGUAG